AUGUCGAUCCUCGGUUGGGCCUCCUCUGUGGGCUCUGGCGUCGCCAUCCUCACCUGCCUUCUCUACACCCCGUACCUCUGGGGACAGAUCGAAGAGGUCCGCGGAACUGUUGCUCGCAUGAGCGACCACUUCCAGGUCAAGGAGAUGCAGAUCGUCGAGCAGCUCAAGCUCGCCCGCAAGAACGUCGGCCGCACUCGUGUGGCCCGUGACGCUUGGGAGGACUGGCACCGUCGCAACGGUCACCAGCAGCAGAACAACGGAUGGGAGGCAUUCUCAAAUUGCUUCGGGAAAAUGGCGCAACCGGCGUCCUACGAGCUACAGGGCCUGCCGGCUAAGGAAGCUCUACCGUAUCCGCAGGCUCCCGUUGCCUAUCCUCAGCUUCAGCCGGAGCAAAUUCCGGCUUAUCCGGCAGCCCAACAACCGGCUCAGUACGCAAAUCAGGCGGUGAAUCCGGGAGAUGCCACUGUGCAAUACGCGUAUCCGGCUAAGGAUUCCGCUCAUAAUCCGCCACUUCCGAUGGACAUGUCCUAUCAGCAGUAUCAGGCUUCACAACCUUAUGCUCCAGCUGAGCUAUACGCAGAUGAGGCUCAAUACUGCUCGCCCAGAUACCUGCCGGAACCGCGCAAUACGGUACCAUACGUGAAGCCACGACCUCGUCGCUCCGGUUGCGUUCAGCUGUUGAUGUUCCUCGCCCUGGCAGCGUACAUGCUUUCCGGAUUCGCCGACUGCUUCGUCGGCUGGAUGGCUGCCAACGAUUCGCCAGCCGCAAAGAUGACCGCCGAGCUGUCAAUAGUUCUGUGGAUCAUUUCGUUCAUCGGGCUCGGACAGCGACAAGUGAUCGCGAUUUUUCCGUACAUGGCUUGUCAGUUUGUACGCCUCUGGCUACUGGUCCACCUCAUCGAAAAGGAGGGAAAACCGGCUAUAGAACCCAUGGUGAUCUACAGCAUCGGCUCGGCCCUGACGGCUUGCGCCUGGAUGUUCGCCUGUGAUUGGAAAAAGCCACGCCAC